AUGAAAGUAGCAUUAAAUCAAGAAAAAGAUAAAACUCAUUUAUUAUCACGUAAAAAACGUCGUCAACUUGAAAGAAAAUUAGUUAAAGCAAAACGAAAUGCAUGGCAUCAUGGAGAAAAAAUUCCAAUGUCUAUUGAUACUCUUUCACCUUCAAUUGAACAUCAAGAAAAUUUAAUAAAGAAAAAGAAAAAAAAGAAGAAAAAUAAAUCAAAAGACAAAUCAUCUGAAUUAACAUUUGAUGAAAAGGCUGCUAAAGAACAUCAUCAAAAAAUUUUACUUGAAGAUAAUGAAAGUGAAGAUGCUCAUAUUAAAAAAUUAGAAAAACUUUUAGGCAUUAAAUCUAAUAGAAAAACUUAUUUACGUGGUUUUAUUGAUGAUGGAUUAGAUUAUUUACUUGAUUUUUGUGAUAAAGAUCGAAGAAAACAAAUUAUGAUUGCAGAAGGUGAUGGAGAAGGUAAUGCUUGGUAUGAUGAACAAGAUGAAGAUCAACAAUGGUUAGUUAACAAACAAAAAAAACGAGUAGAUUUAGCAAAUCAACUUGAAAAUCAACAAGAAAAAACUAAAAAAAAGAAAACAUCUCUCGUUAAAUUUAAUGAUCAAGUUCAAACUAAAAUGAUUGAUGAUGAUUCAUUUGACGAGGAAAAAGAGUUUGAUGAUGAUGAUGAAGAAGAAGAAGAAGAAGAUUUUGAUGAGGAAGAAGAAGAAAAUGACUAUGAAGAACUAGAAGAAGAAGAAGAAGAUAAUGAUGAUGAUAUAGAAGAAACUCCACCGAUGAAAGAAGAUAUUUAUGGACGAAUGAUUGAUGUCAAAGGCAAUGUUGUCAAAAAUAAUGCAAGUACAGUUUAUAUACCUCCUGCUCUUCGUCAAAAAUUAAAUUCAUCAGAUGAUAAUUCAACUGUAGAAAUAAAACGUCGUCUUCAAGGUCAAUUAAAUCGUUUAAGUGAAAAAAAUUUAUCAUCAAUAUUAAUUGAAAUUGAAACACUUUAUCGUUCUCAAUCUCGUGCAUCAAUUAAUUCAUGUUUAUAUCAAUUAUAUUAUGAUAGUCUUCUAUCAUCAAUUUCAUUAACUAAUGAAAGUUUACUUGCUGAACAUGCUUUACUUGCUUGUCUUCUUCAUGCUAAUAUUGGUUUAGAAAUAGGUUCAUAUUUAUUAGAAAAUUUCUUACAAAUAUUCAUUGAACAUAUUAAUGAUGACGUAUCAAAUAAAAUAAAUGAUAAUUUACUUAUAUUUAUAUCAUAUUUAUAUGCAUUUCAUAUGAUAAAUAGUAAAAUUUUAUUUGAUAUAGCACGAUAUUUAUUAAAUAUAAAUCAAUUAAAUGAAAAACAUCUUGAAUUAAUUCUUUUAUUAUUAAAAACAAUUGGAUUUAUUUUACGUAAAGAUGAUCCAUUACAAUUAAAAACAUAUUUACAAGAAUUACGAACAGCAUGUUCAUCAUCAACAUUAUUAUCAUCAUCAUCAAAACGUAUUGAAUUUAUGAUGGAUACAAUUAAAAGUUUAAAAAAUAAUGAUAUUAGAAAAUUACCAGGUGGUUAUGAACCUGAACGUAUUGAUCGUUUAAGAAAAAUUUAUCGAAAUUUAGUUAAAAAUAAAACUGUACAACAUGCAAAUAUACUUAAUGUUAGUUUACAAGAUUUUUUAAAUGUUAAAGAACAAGGACGAUGGUGGAUUGUUGGAUCGGCAUGGCAAAAACAAACUUCUCAAUAUAAUCAAAAUAAUAAUAUUCAAAAAAUAGAAUUACAAUUUAAUGAAAAAAUUCGAAAAUUAGCUAAAAAACAACAUAUGAAUACUGAUGUUAGACGUUUGAUCUUUGGAACUUUAUUGACUAGUGAGGAUUAUGAUGAUGCUGUUGAAAAACUUCAUAAACUCAAUUUAAGUAAAGUACAAGAACGAGAAAUAAUCCAUGUAACAGUUCAUUGUUGUUUACAUGAAAAAACUUAUAAUCCAUAUUAUACAUUAAUAUUACAACGAUUUUGUGCAUAUGAUCGUCGUUUUCAAAUAUCUUUACAAUAUCAUACAUGGGAUAGAUUUAAAGAUCUUUCAUUACUUAAUAAGCAACAAUUAGCAAAUUUUGGUUCCGCACUUUCUCAAUUAUUGAUGUCGAAAUCAUUAACACUCAAUAUAUUCAAAAAUUUCAAUUUCAUUGAAUUAACACCAUCAGCACGAACAUUUCUUGUUGAAUUAUUUGUUAAAUUAUUUAAUGAGAUUGAUGAUGCAUCAUUAAAAAAUAUUUUUCAAUUUCCAUCAACACAAAAUUAUAAAUUUGUUAAAGAUGCUCUUAGAUUAUUUCUUUCUCAUUUCAUUUUAAAAAAAUCGAAUCAUACAGAAUUAGUUCAUCAUCGUUGUCAGAUUGCUAUUGAUCAGUUAUCAAUUGAAUAA